AUGCCAGAAAACACAGGUCCCACGAAAGGUACAAUCAAGAUCGACGAAAUGUGCACAACCCUCAUCACAAACAACGCCUACCUCCCUGGCCUCCUAACCCUCGAGUACUCGCUCCGAAAAACAAACUCCAAGUACCCCCUUCUCGUCCUCUACACGGACUCCUUCCCUGCCGACGGCCAUGCAGCCCUCGAUGCCCGGGGUAUAAUGAAGAGGCAGGUUUCGUAUCUUGCUCCCUCGGACCGUAAGGUCUACACGAAUGAUCCGCGGUUCAAUGAUUGCUGGAGCAAGCUUACGCAGUUUUCGUUGGUGGAGUAUGAGCGUGUUGUACAAUUGGAUAGCGAUAUGGUGGUUCUGCAGAAUAUGGAUGAGUUGAUGGACAUUGAGUUGGAUCCGCCGGCUAUGGGUGGUAAUGGGAAUCGGGUGUUUGCGACGAGUCAUGCGUGUGUUUGCAAUCCGCUCAAGAGGCCUCAUUACCCGGAGUAUUGGAUCCCAAGCAACUGCGCCUUCACAUCCCAACACUCCACCCCCGACGAAGCCCAAGCAACCGGCGCCCCAUGCACCUUCGGCACAGGAGAAUCCAACAGCGGCCUGCAAGUCAUCAACCCCUCGCAAGCAACCUACGACAAAAUCACCAGCCAUCUCGACCAAGCCUCAACCUCCAACUACCAAUUCGCCGAUCAGUCGCUUGUCUCCGAUAUCUUUCGCGGGCAGUGGGUUCCGUUGCCGUACAUUUACAAUGCGCUCAAGACGCUGCGGCGGAAGGGCGUGCAUGAUGCUAUCUGGCGGGAUGAGAAUGUUAAGAAUGUGCAUUAUAUUCUGAGUCCGAAGCCGUGGGAAGAGGUUGAGGAGGAGAGUAAUGAUGAGACGCAUGAGUGGUGGAAGGAUGUGAAUGCGGAGAGGGUGAGGGCGGAAUUGGGAAUGGGGGUGAAGGAUGGGUUUCAGGUAACUUAUCGCUGA